GUAGACAUUUUACCUGCCAUGAAUCUCAUCAGUGUAUCGUGAUUACUAUAAUAUUCGUAUAAGUCCUCGUGUAUCCAAUGGAAGGCUCAACAGAAUCAAACACUCUGACGAAGCGGCGGAAGUCCAGACGAACUGCGAAUGCCUGCAUCGCAUGUCGUCAAAGCAAGAUUAAGUGCUCUGGAAAUGAACCCUGUCAAAACUGUAAAAGACGUUCCGUCCAGUGUCACUUUACCGAGACCGGUGUUAAAGUCGUCGUCUCGGAAAAAUAUCUCCAACAACUCAAGAGACAAGCGGAAGAGCACACCCGGUCACCUUCUGCAAGCAAUCUUGAGUCGCCAGAUCAGGGAGAAGGCCGGGCUCGUUCUCCGGAUGCGCAGUCUUCAGCGUUAGGCCAGUGCGCACAUCCUCUCAACUCUCCAUCUAUAUCGCGGAUGUCUGCCUUGGAAGAUAGCCCCACCAAUCCCCAGCAUAGGGUUCAUAGUAGGCUUAUUUCUCCGGCGCCCACGAUCGAACCUCCUCAGCAGUCUGACGCAUGCCCCGACCCAGCGACCACCCCAGCAUAUCAGCAUGAUAGCUCUCCACUCCGGGUCUGGACCAAUCCAUUUGUGAUACCUUCGAAAGUUAUCAAGAACGCAUGUAGGAAUAAACGCACCUGGAUAUGGCUAGCGCCUUGGUCAACAUGGUCUUUCACAAUGCGCCUCAUGCUCAUGAUAAGUGAGAAGUUAUAUCCUGAAGACCCAGCGAUUCCCGCCAACAUAAUUGAUCCUGAAGUCUGGACCUUGCCAAAGGCUCCAUCAUCAAACGCCCCUGAUUUCAGUGGCUUGCCCUCACUGGAUCAUGCUCUUUAUCUCCUAUAUGCAGUCAAGUUUCACCUUGGCCAGAGAUACCGAUUCUUUAACGAAACAGAGAUCGAGAACCAAAUACGUAAUUUUUAUUCUGACCCUCUUCGAAAGACUGUUGAAUGUCCGCUUUGGGUUGUCAAGUUCCAUUUGAUCCUUGCAUUUGGGACAGCUUUCCAGGCUCAAUCACCGGAGACCCAAGAGCCCCCAGGAGCGAAAUUCUUCAUGAGAGCAAUGGCAUUAUUGCCGGAUCCUACUUCCCUCUGGAAAGAUAGUCUGUUGGCAAUCGAGGUCUUGGCCUUGGUUGGGCUAUACUUCUUUUCAAUCAACGAGAGAGAAUCAGGUCACAUUUAUCUCGGCCACGCAGUACGCAUCGCAUUGUUGGAGGGACUACAUACUCAACUUCCGGAACAUGGGCUUGGUGCGGAAACUAUCCACAAUUGCCGCGAUCUCUGGUGGACAUUAUAUCUCAUGGAUAGACAUUUCUCAUCCUCUUUAGGACUUCCAAUGUCUAUACAGGACAGCGACAUCACGACUCCCAUUAACCCACCUAACGCAGAUUCAAGAGGAGACAGUUGCCGCACUCUCCAGGUCAACCUUUCGCACUUAUUAUCAGUCAUACUAACUACAGUGUAUAAGCCCCAUAUAACUCCCCUCGGAACAUUCCUAGAACAAACAAGAUCUAUAUUGCAUACCUUGGCCCACCAUGCUCAAGAGAUAGAGAAGAUCAUUAGCCUCCUGCAAAGCUCCGUCGGCACGAUGCCAAGAGAUACGCGACACCUAACUUUGAUGUACCAUCAGUGUGUAAUAGUGGCAACACGUCCGCUACUACUAUCAGUUUUGAAAGAAAGAUUUGACGUAUCAGGAUAUCCCAGCGACGAUCAUUGCGAGAGUUUCUUAGCUCAGACGGGGACGGUCAUCUCGACGGGUAUCAAGUCGGCUGCCAAGACACUCCGGAUUUUAACGAGCGAAUACAGCCUUUUAGAAGCAUUCUUGCCAUACGAUGUUGAGUUCGCGUUCGGAGCUGCCCUUCACUUGACUAUGGCGAACGCCCUAUUUCCGGGUGUAGUCGACUACCAAAGUUGCCAUCAGUUAGCACACCAAAUUUUAGACAAUCUGAUUUCGAGAGGAAAUCGAGUAGCUAAGUUGAGGAAGACGGAACUGUGUUAUCUGGAAACUCUAUAUCGGGAGUUUCAGACACGGCAGCAAGGUCAUCGAAUGCUACAUUUGUUCAACGCGGAAGGGUCGGCAAUUGACUUUAUACAGAAAGAGAAUCAAGAGAAUAGCAGGCAUUUUGCAGUGGAUGGCGGUUCAAAUACAUUCGCAACGGCAGCAGACUCCAGGCAUCAUUUACAUUCUCCCCAUCCUCAUACUACCAGCAAUAUGGAGUUCCUUGACAACAUCGGCAUCUCGUCGGAGGAAUUCCUCUCUAUAGUACAAGAGAUCGGAGAUCCAGAGUCCCUCCCCGAGAGUAUGUUGACGCUAUUCUAACGCUGGGUACAUUGUACCGGUUGAAGAAUUUGAUUGGAGUUAGGGUAUCGUGUCUACAAGAAUAUCUGUUUAAUUGGCAACUUGCGUCAGUCAGGGAAUAGAGGAUAGGUCCUCUUUAAUCAAUUCCUUCUCUUCAGCAGUUAAAAAUGCUCGGGGUUUAGCGUCCCCAUUAGUCACAAUUUCAGGCGGUGGAACCGCGGGCGCGGCUGCCAAUGCAACAGGAUAGAUAAGGUGUAUAUGCUGGGAAAGUGCUACCUGUACUGUGGGAGGUAUUUAAAAUCUCCGCAGGAGAUUUUAGAGCUUAGAAAACGAAUAUUAAUACAACAUUCUAUCCCUUUA